AGUGUGUGGUGGUAUGAUUCAGGCAUAAUUAAGUGGCUGCAUCUGCGCAGGGUUCUAAGCAAAUAGCUGCUCCAACUGAUAAUCCAGUCAGUAGGCAACUGCAGGGGUUCACCAUUGACUGAGCAUAGACUGAAGGGAAGCUGUUGGAUGCUGGUUUGGCCUCCACUAUGGCAAAAAUCAUUUUGAGGCACCUUAUAGAGACUCCAGUGCGUUAUGAAGAGGAGUUUGAAGCUCGAGGUUUGGAAGCCUGCAGACUGGAUCAUGCUUUAUAUGCACUGCCCGGGCCAACCACUGUGGACCUGGGGAAAGCAAGGGCACCCCAGGCUCCCACACUGGACUCAGCGGCAGAGAUGCCACCCCGGGAAGGGGAAGCCCGCUUCCAGAUCCUGCUGGACGUGGUCCAGUUCCUCCCCGAAGACAUCAUCAUUCAGACCUUCGAAGGCUGGCUGCUGAUUAAGGCUCAACAUGGAACCAGAAUGGACGAGCAUGGUUUUAUCUCAAGAAGCUUCACCCGACAGUAUAAACUGCCAGAUGGCAUUGAAACCAAAGAUUUGUCUGCGACUCUCUGUCACGAUGGCAUUCUGGUGGUGGAAGUAAAGGAUCCUGCUGGGACUGAAUCGGUUCCUGUUCACUCACCAUGAGGAAGAUUACAGUUCAGCCAGUGGUACCAGGGGAAUGUUUGUAUUGUCCAUGUUUGAAAUGAUUUUUAUGAAGAUUAAAAAUAUAGACAUAGUUCCUGGUCUGUUGAGGUUGUCCCUGUUGUUCUUACUCAGAUGAGAAAAUUGUUAAAUAUCCUAUAGCUCAAAGUGAUGAUAUUCUGAAACCUGAAACAUGGACACCUUAGGAGACUAGUUUGAUACUAGAGAGGACUCAGAAGUAUUUCAUUACCCAGCAGUGCCAGAGAAGCUGCAUCUGUAAUAAAUGACAAAUGGCAAAAGAGCCAUACUAACUUGCAGAAUUCUUAUCCAUUUCAUGAAAACUUUUUGUACUGCUAAAACAAGUUGUGAUGCCUUUCACUUGACAAGUGUUUCUCCUCAGCAUAUUUUAUUUAAAGUAGAACUUUGCAAAUAUAGAGUCUGGAGAUUAAAAUAGAGGAUUUGGAAAUUGGGUCUGAAAUAUAUUUAGGAUUCACUACAGUUGUUACUUCCUUAAAUGUAUGUUGGAAUCCUCAGCUCUAAACUUUAUUUUUAAAAGGUUCCAAAUAAGUACCUUAUUUUUUGAAAGCUAAACUGAAUGCUGUUUGAAUGUAUUCUAAAAAACAACAUAUGUUCUAUGGAUACUUAUGAAAUAUUGAUAUGAUGUGUGUUAACUCAUAUUCUUAUAAGUUAAUAUUAAGUUUACAAAGCCCUCUUAAAAAGUACAACUACUGAAUUCAAAGAGUUUUAAUCUGUGCUCUUUAGAUGCUGCAACUUAAAAUUUUAGAUUUUGCAAGAUGGCAAAAUGCAAUGCGCUUGCUCUCUGUGCGUAAUGCUUAGCUUUAAAUAGCCUGGCAGAUAGUGGAAGCUGAGAGGUUAUACAGCCUGCUGCUGAGUGCUGUUUGUCUUCUAACUGCGGCCUCCCCUCAGCAGCAGGACUGAGACAUUGGUGAAGGUUAAGGAUUUGCUUUAGGAAUAGUGUCUUCAACAGCUGGUCUGUGACAUUCCAAAGAUUUUCUGUCUCAUUCUGCACACACUAGAUACUUCUGAGGAGGAAGUGGCUGCUUUUGCCCCACAGCCCAUGAGAGCCGGUGAGUCCGAGGACAGCACUAUGAAUAGAGAAGGCUGGGUGUGGAAAACACCCGAGUAGAUGCAGACUGCUGGCAAUGCCGCCACACUCCUCUGGAGAGCUUCAUUUGUAGCUCAAGUGCAACAUGAAAGUCAAGAAGCAAUAGUUGAAAAUGAAAUCA